GGCCUCAAGUCUCUGGCAUUAAUUGGUAAUGGAGCAUACUUAUCUUAUGUUUACCGUUUCGUCAAGUGCUUGAAUAAUACUUCCUUGAGCUACUCUCUCUUGUCUGGCCGGAAAUAUCAUGGUCGGAUUCCUCGACUUACCUGACGAACUUCUUAUAUAUGUCCUGAACGCGCUCCGCUUUAAUGAUCUGCUGAAGUGUAGACAGCUUUGCAAACGGUUGGACAUAAUAAUACAGAACGAGACGAUACUGCGGUACAAGGUGGAGCUAGCCCUUAAUGGCAUGGAGGACAACCCCACCGUCGCCAUGCCAAUUAUUGAUCGAUUCCGCAUACUCAAGGAAUACCAUGAGGCUUGGGAGAAACUAGAUUUCAAGCGUGAUUACAUCCUGGACAUGAACAGCGAUGGUGUUUGGGAGUUAAGCUGCGGCGUUCUUUGUCAAGCAAGAGGUCGCAGGACGCUGGUUUUCAGACAGCUCCCUUCUGUAUUGCGCGGAAUCAAGGAGAGAGCAUGGGAGCUGGAAGAUAUUGGCGUUGAUAUAAGGGACUUUUCAAUGGAUCCAGCUCAGGAUCUCCUUGUGGUGGUGGAAACACACAAUGCGAGUCAACGUAUACAUCUGCGUACGAUGUGUACAGGCGAAGUUCAUCCAUCAGUUUUCCGCCCCGCCGUCAUAAAUUAUACACCAAAUCUCUCGACAAGGUUAUAUACUAUAAAGAUAUGUUCGGAUUAUGUCGGCAUUGCAUUUACUAGCACCAGUCAAAUUACGCAAGAGCUUGCCGUGUGGAACUGGAAAACUGGGGAACUUCGAAUGGCGGUAUCCGGUCAUAACGUAUCGGCAUAUUCGUUCCUAACACAAGAUCAUCUCCUUCUCGCUCGCAUGAGCAUCGAUGCAGAGCUCCUUGUCGUCGACUUGGGAACAGCCUCGCCUGAAUUGACUCCUAUGGAAGAAAUGGAAUACAUAUGUAGCUUCCGUCUUCCUGACGUGGAGCCAGGAAGUGCAAUCUUCCGGGCGGAACUACGAGCCGACCCUGCGCCGUGGUCGCUCCAUCCUACUCUUGCUGCUCCAUUUCAAGUUGCUCGAGAUCAGCGGGUCAUCGUGUUGACCUUCACCGUCUUUCAUGGCCGAUUUGACAGGUCAAUGUACUUUUUGAUUUGUGGUGACCAUCUCUUGUCUCACUUCAAAACCGUACCCGCUGCAUGCAGCAAACUUGGAAUUGAUUGGAUCGAAUGGGGACCUCAAGCUUCUCGCGUUUUGACAUAUGUGCCUGGCUACGAUUCGGUCUGGGUCUGUAAUACUUACGGCAGUUCAUUCGUGAACGGAUUCCGGCCUGGAUUCCAGAUCUACAUAAUGGACCUUAAUCAGGUUGCAAUCAGAAAACUCCGAGCAGAAAGAAAUGAUGUUAUGAAUGAAUCGCCAGUUCCUAAUUCGUCUUCCUGGGUCUUGCAAGAUAAUGCACUUGUGCUCGAACACAGCACCUUCCGAACGUCCUUGCCGAUACGAAUGAGGAGUUGGGCCCUCAAUCUUGGGGUUAAUGAAACCUACGAGGCCGUGAUGAUCAGCGAAGAUUGUAUUAUAUUCGUUGACUUGUCCAACGUGGCUAAAACGCGGUAUCGCAUAUUGAGCAUGUAAUCUUUUCGUUUGGAGUCGUCUUCAUACGAAUGAUGUACCCUUGUCUUGAAUUCUAUGAGGGGUAUACGCCCUUUUUGCUGACCGUCUAUGUCCACCGUAGUGGCUGUUCAAUCUCCUGGAUGCUCUCGGAUUUGGCCCAGCUGAUGCCGGACGAUGCUCAUGAAUUCAACUGUUUCUAAACAGACAAUUCCUGCACACACAUCGUUAUUCAUUUCCGUGCUUUAGACCUGCUAACUUUCUUGAGGGUGUAGUCAUCCACUGCCCUAUUCGUGUAGAUCGAUAUACAUACACUGCUACGCUCAUUGACAAAAAGCAAGUUUUGUCCUGUUCGUGUCAUCGUUGCUAGGAUCUAAAGUGCUUGCUCACAGUCGCUCCGAAGACAUGAUACGGCAUUCCUUCCGUCUGAUUUUUGCUGGCUCAACGCUUUUGACGAAUCACGUCGAGAAUCUCUCCUUAGGCAUCCCUAAGAUUCUACAGACCCUCGUACUUUAUGUGUGAAUUAAUUUUAUGUAUUCGAAUCUGUCUUGUCGCCGUGUCACGCUAAGGAUCGACGCGUGACAUCACGGUCCGUCGCGCUGGUCACACUUUCAGCUUUCAACC